GCUCAGUGCAGAACUAUCAGAAAUGAUGCAUGUUGACGAGCCGGGUUUUAAGGCGGUUGAGCAUCUAGCACAGUGAUGACACUUAUUGAUUCAUUCAGCGCAUGUGUAUCCGUUUCCGUUUUCGAGUAUUCUCUUGUUCGGAAUUCCUUACUUAUCCGGAUGUACAUACUCCCGUAGUAUGCUUUAGGUGCAUACUCGUAAGAAGUAGUAUUUCGAAGAAACGGAAUCGUUAGAGCUUCAAACUUUUACUACUACUUCACUCUGUUUCAUUGCAAACAAGCCGUAUUAUAUUUGACCACUUGGCUAGUACGCAAGAGGGCUUGCCCGAAAAAUGGACCGACACCGAGCGAGCGGUGACGAGGAGGUGCCAGAAAGUAUUUCGCAUGGUAAAAGCGUCCCAAUCCCAAAGUCAAAUGAGGAAUUUUUGGUAGUUGGGCGUGACACACAAUUUAUUUCGUCUGCACUGCCCAGUGUAAUCGUCUGGACCCAGAGCUAGUGCUUCCGCAUCACCAGUCGAUGAAAUCUUCUUAUCUUGCUUCCAGCAUGUGCAUGACAGAUUCGGAGCCAUCACUAGCAGAAAUAAACGUUUUCCUUAUCCUUGCUCGUGUGGUGCACGAUGAGAAACAUUUUUGCUUUAGGGAUGCAGAUUUGGGUUUGCAGGAUGUUGACGUCGGGGUCGGCACGCUUUUUCACCGGAUAGACGGAGCAAGAAUGUCACCUGCGGCGAAACUGCGGCGCAUUGAUGAUGUAGUACCUCCUGGAGCUAGUGCGGCGUCCUCGUCCGCUGCCGCUUCGUCGAACGCUAUUGCGGCACACCAGCCAAGAUCGGUCCCGUCCUCUAAUCCCUCCACCAGUUCCAGUUCCUCUGGCAAAGGUAAACCCAGCACUCAGGGUCGUGGUCGGCAAGAGCCCAGCAAGCCGGAGCGGGGAGCAGAAGAUGACACCUCUGAGGCGAGCCAGCUGCAGCGCGCGAUGGAGGAGUCGCGAAAGACGUAUGAGUAUCAAGUGCAAAUAUCGAUCUGGGUCUGGAGGGAUGGAACUUGUGAUGCGCAUUUUGGAUUAGACGAAAAUCUGUCAUGCAUGGACAGCAGAAGCAGGUGUCGUGUGGUAACUUCUGUUCACCACAGUACGGAACUUCUCAUGCAAGAUAGGCAUCGGGAAAAUUUCAAUUUCUGCAAAUCUGUGAUGCUAUUGCUUGCAUGCCAAGUAGAAGGCAGCUUCUAGGUCUUCAUGCAAAAACAAAAAACUUCCGAACUCUUCCCGACCUAAACAUGUUCUGUUGCGUCUGAUAACGAAAACGACAACGAACGACGCGCACAGGGGGAACGUGAUACCGAGGCGCAGCUGAAGCGCGCGCAGGAGCUUUCGCAAAUGGAGCACCAGGAGCGUAUGAAGGGCGCGCGGCGUCUCGAGGCAAAGCUGCAGGCCGGGGGCCUUCGCGUCGUUGUGGUGGGCGACGACGGAAAUUGCGGCCCGCGGGCCAUC